AAGAGACACGUAGGAGGGUCGUCUGGUCGAAAACUUUUACUCUUCACUGAUUUCUCUUCUAACAACAUUAAAAUGUCAAACAGAAGGAGAAUUGUCAUCCUGGGAAAAACUGGAAGUGGGAAAAGCAGCCUGGCUAACACCAUAUUUGGAGAUGAACUGUUCAAGAUUGGCCACACUGCCAACUCUGAAACUAGUAAAUGUGGAGCCAUAACGAAAUCUGUCAAUGGAAGAAACAUCACUUUGAUCGACACUCCUGGUUUCUUCGACACAGAUCGAUCUGAGGAGGAGCUGAAGCCUGGAAUAGUGAGGUGUAUCACAGAGUGCGCUCCUGGGCCUCAUGCUUUUUUCAUUGUGCUUAAAGUGGAGAGAUUCACAGAGCAGGAGCAGGAAGUUAUCACACAAAUACUUAAAUAUUUCUCUGAGGAAGCUUUGAAAUAUACCAUAGUUAUCUUUACUCAUGGUGGCCAGCUCUCAGAGAAUAUGAAGAUCGAGCAGUGGGUCAACCACAAUGCAUAUCUGAGGGCUCUGGUGAAGAACUGUGGAGGCCGGUGCCACGUCUUUGAUAAUAGAAAAUGGAAGAACAACCAGCAAGAUGAAUACAGGAGCAAUCAGUUCCAAGUGAAAGAGCUGCUCAAAACAAUAGAUAAAAUGAUUGAGGCAAACAAAGGAAGCUGGUACACCCGUGAGAAACAACAAUCUCAUGUGGGUUUGCUCAUAGCAAUGGCAGGUCUGACAGCCGCAGCAUUGUUGGGACUUUUCCUUGGUUAGAGAUGAGUGAAGACUAAAGUGUAACAGCAGCAUAAUGGCUGUUUAUCACUUUGUAACUGGAUACAUUAUCACAACGGAUAAUAUCUCGAUACUCAAGUGUAUCAAUUUCCUUCUCGUAUUGUCUUACCUCUGUAUGUAAUAUAAGUAAAAGCCUCUAUCCUUCAGUAAACCAAAGAUUAUGAAGAUGAAUUAUCUAUUUGGGAUCUCUGUAAUCUUAAGAAACGUUUGAUUAUUUUUCAUUGAUUUUUCCUUUAUUACAAAGUGUAUACAAUAAA